GUGGAAUAUACCGUGAUUGGAAUUAAAAAAAGCAACAAUGACCAGAAAGUGGAUCGUGCCUGCUUGAAUCACAAUGAUAAGAAUUUGCAUUUGAAAAUCUCACAGGAGUUACAAAUUAAUUCAGUAAAAAAGUUACGACACAAGCAAAAAAUGACUGUUUUAUAUUCCAUGACUUUUGGGUGAAUUGGUCCAUUUAACUUUAGUUUUUUAAAUCAUCAAUUCUUUAUAUGUCUAACUAAUCAAAAUUUUAUUUCAUUGGUAUCGCAUCGGUUUUUUUGUGUGUAACUUUCCUUUUGAAUCGGAGAUAAAAGGUUGCAGUGCAUUUACGGAUGCCCAUGCGCUGUGUCAGCAGGCUUCUUUGACCCAAACGAUUGCGGGUAAAACCGUCCACGUUACGGUUACAAGCUACAACGUGGUGAGGAUAGGGAAAUGCCUAGACCUGUACACAAGACUGUGCUUUAAACUGUUCUUAUAACCUCACAAAUGUCUCAUCGAAUCUGACAAUCUGCAGUUGAGAGCCGUCCCCAAAGUUUAGAAUAAGUGAUCAGCAUGUAUUGCAAUAUCAAGAAUGUUAUAAAUUUAUUACCAUAGCAAUAGAAUAAAUCUGUUGAAGUAACAACAUGGAUGGAAUUUGGAUUAAUUCUGGCGAUGGAAAUCCAUGGCUAUGGAAUUGGACAGAGCUUUGUGGUACCACGGGAGGUAUAACACCUCUGAAUCCUAAUACGCAUGACUUGGGAGUAUGCUUCGAGCAGUUGUGCCUUCAGAUUCCUGUGCUGAUUUCCAUAGCCAUAAUUUCUGCAUACUAUUGUGGAAAACGCGGUAUGACAUUGACACGAAACCAACAAUCUUUUUAUGCCAUAGACAUACGACUUUUUCUUACUGCCUGCUUGGCUGUGCUUCCUAUAAUCAGGGCAUACAUUAUACUCACCAAUACAAGAACUUUGCCCUCCAUCGGCACUGAAAGUGAUGUGAAAGUUGAAGCGACGACAACAAGCAGUUACAUUGCAUCACCGACAUCCAGUAACAAUGUAGACUUCGUCGCAAAGAUGGAAGAAGUUGCAAAGAAAAUUCCAAAUGGACUAAAUCAAACCGUCAGCAUUGCGAAAAAAAUAUUUUCUAACGCUGACAAUGACGACGUAGCCAGCGUCGCAGCGAGUGUUCUGGAACCGUCGAAAGAGUAUGAUUACAACGGGCUCGUUAUGAGAGUCAAGGACAAAGCAACUUCAGCAAAGCCCAUUGACUAUCUCGUGGCGGGAACGGAAGGACUAGCGUGGGUCGUUCAUUUCUGUUUUGUUUUAAGCCUACGUAAAGGGAGUGGAUUGAAUCCGCGUGGUCCGGUAGCGAUCAGAGCAGUGAUCUUUCUAUUGACAGGCGUGUCAAUACUCUUAUUACGUUCUCACGUAAAUUACAAAACCCCGGAUGACGUAUUACCAAACUUAUCAUUGGGGUUCAGUAUUAGCGUUGUGACGCUUCUAAUAUUGUACGGUAUAACGCUGAUACCGGGCUAUGGCUUGGACGAUAACUCGAGGCCUUCGAGAUAUAAUCAGAUAGGAGAGAGAACGGCCCUAUUGAAUACUCCUGGUUCCUCCUACGUUCGCUUUCUGGAACAGCAGGAUCCGAGCUACCUUGGAACUGCGAUGGAGGAUAUCACGUUGACGUCGAAACUUCUCUUUCAUUGGGUAUCACCGCUCAUGCAGAAGGGCGUAAGAGGAUUGUUAAAUCACUCGGACGACCUUUAUGAUCUGCCAGAACACAUUAGUACCGCGAUGAUAGCUCAUGAGAUCGAUCGACACAUACAGAAUAUGCCAAACUGUCCAAGGAGUGCACUCAAUGGCCGAUCCUUGGAGAAUGUACCGGAAUCUCAGGUUCUAUCCUCCGAGACUACCACAGUAUCGUUGCUCUGGCUUCUUCACAAGUGCUUCAGCUGGCAAUUUUAUUCGAUCGGAAUUCUCAAGUUCAUUGCUGAUUGUUCCGGUUUUAUGGGUCCCGUACUACUGAGCAGGCUAGUCGGUUUUAUAGAGGAUAAGAACGAACCAAUUUUAUACGGAUAUUUGUACGCACUGCUAAUGUUUCUCAGUACCCUAGUCGGUGCGUUUUGCAAUGCUCACUUUACAUUUUGGAUGUCCAUCGUGGGCCUGAAGAUACGUGCCGCCAUCGUGACUCUAGUUUACAGCAAGACUCUGCACUCCACGAGGGUACAGAUAAAUCGGCGCUUUACUUUCGGCGAAAUCAUUAAUUUUAUGAGUACCGACACCGAUAGAGUUGUGAAUAGCUGUCCCAGUUUUCACACGAUGUGGAGUAUACCCCUACAGUUAGUCGUGACGUUGUACCUUCUCUACGAUCAAAUAGGAAUCGCAUUUUUGACCGGCGCUGCUUUUGCCAUUUUUCUUAUUCCUGUGAAUAAGAUUAUCGCCAACAAAAUUGGUAAACUCAGUACGAAACUGAUGAAAUGUAAAGAUCAGAGAGUCCGUUUAACGGGCGAGGUUCUACGGGGUAUUACGACAAUCAAGCUAAACGUGUGGGAGGAGCACUUCCUGCGUAGCAUCCUGAAAUUUAGAGAAAAUGAGAUAAAAUAUUUGAAAAGUCGAAAAUAUCUGGAUGCACUUUGUGUCUAUUUUUGGGCAACUACACCUGUUCUCAUUUCCAUACUAACAUUCUCCACAUACGUCUUUCUUGGCAACAAACUCACAGCCAAGACAGUCUUCACGAGUAUGGCGCUACUCAAUAUGCUAAUCGGACCAUUGAACGCUUUUCCAUGGGUUCUCAAUGGUAUCACUGAGGCUUGGGUUUCCAUUAAGCGCAUUCAAAGAAUAUUGGACUUGCCAGAAGUGCACGUGUCUGAAUAUUAUUCCGAUCCACCGGUCGGCACGGACGUCAUGCUAAAAAAUGCUACAUUUAGCGCCAGUAGCUUUCAUGAAAGUGAGCCUGCGUCGAUAGCACUUUCCGGGCCAAAUGAGAUUAACGUUGAUCCGCCUUCCUGUUCGGAGAGCCGAAGGAGUGUAACGUCAGAGGACGAAGGAACAUUUACAUUGAGAAAUCUCAAUGUAACUGUGAAAAAGGGUCAACUGGUCGGAAUAAUGGGAAAAGUGGGCAGUGGCAAGAGUCUUUUUCUUGAUGCAAUCUUAGCCGAAAUUACAAAAGACAGCGGCAUAAUGGCUAUAGGAAAUCUUGAGAAAGGAUUCGGAUAUGUCAAGCAAACGCCGUGGCUCCAAAGAGGCACCAUUAGAGAUAAUAUUUUAUUUGGAAAGGCAUACGAUCACAAUAAAUACAAACUCAUACUGAAGGCAUGUGCCCUCACUGACGAUCUAAACGCUCUGCCAAAACGCGAUUUGGCUAUUAUAGGUGAGGCCGGAAAUACCCUGAGCGGUGGACAAAAAACAAGGAUAACACUGGCACGUGCAGUUUAUGCCGAUAAGGACAUUUAUUUGCUGGACGAUAUUCUCGCCACUUUGGAUGUUAAAGUAGCACGCCAUGUCUUCCAAAACGUUGUCCUCGGACUCUUGAAAAAUAAGACUAGGAUAAUCUGCACCCAUCAAACACAGUACUUGAUUCAUACUGAUUUGGUUAUCGAGAUGUCAAAAGGCAAAAUUGUUAGGCACGGAAAGCCAAGUGACGUUUUACGAGACUUGGAGGAUUAUUUAUUGUCCACGGAAUCGAUGGAUUCCGAUCUCGUCGUGACGUCAAUGAAAGAUUCAUCGAAGGAGGAGCUUGACGAUCUGAACGAGAGUGAAACGGAUCCUAUGUUUGAGCAGGAAUUCGCUGAGAAGGGGAACGUGCAAUUUAAUGUUUACGCGUGUUACGUCUUCGCCGUCGGUCGUUAUCUCGCUAUAUCGAUCCUGUUAUCUAUGAUACUCAUGCAGAUCUCUCGAAAUAUUACCGAUCUCUGGUUGUCUUAUUGGGUCACUCAUGGUAACAUGUCUGUCAAUUCCACUGACAUGCCCGAUAGCUUGAAACUCGAGUAUUUUCCAAAAGAUCUCAGCGGCGAUAACAUCAAUUAUUAUUUGACCAUUUAUGGCAUUCUCGCGGCGCUCAAUACAUUCUUCACGCUCAUAAGGGCCUUCAUGUUUGCUUAUGGCGGAAUACAGGCUGCUAUUCUGAUGCAUAAGCAACUCUUGAAGACAGUCGUCAGGGCCGCGAACACUUUCUUUGACAUUCAGCCACUUGGUAGAAUCUUAAAUAGGUUCUCGUCAGACACAUACACAAUCGAUGAUUCAUUGCCAUUCAUCGCAAAUAUAUUGUUUGCUCAAUUCCUUGGGCUAGUUGGAUCAAUUGUCAUAACUGCUUACGGUCUACCGUGGAUAUUUUUAAUACUGGCGCCACUGGUGCCUAUAUAUCAUUGGAUCCAGAAUCAUUACAGAUUAACGUCAAGGGAACUGAAACGGCUGUCAAGCAUAGCCCUUUCUCCAGUUUAUACUCAUUUCAAUGAAACCUUGCAAGGACUCUCCAGUAUCAGAGCGUUUCGAGCAGUACCUCGUUUCAAACGUGAGAACGAACUCUUCCUAGAAGCCAGUCAAAAGACCCAAUUCGCUUCAGUGGCUGCAAGCCAGUGGCUCGCCCUGAGACUACAAUUCAUCGGCGUAGCCCUUUUGGCAGGAGUUUGCGUCAUGGCAGUAUUACAACAUCAGUAUGAUAUCGCAAAUCCUGGUCUAAUAGGACUCGCCAUUACGUAUACGUUAUCAGUGACUGUAUUAUUAUCUGGUGUCGUGAACGCAUUUACCGAGACCGAGAGGGAGCUGAUCGCCGUGGAGAGAGUAAAGGAAUAUCUUGAGAAUACUCCUACAGAAUCCACGAGUUCGGGCAACAGUCCACCUUAUGCCUGGCCAAGUCAGGGAGUUAUUGAAUUUAGGGAAGUCGUUCUUAAAUACAGGGAUCACUUGGUGCCUGCCUUAAAGGGAAUAUCAUUCACGACGCGACCUGCCGAAAAAAUUGGAAUUGUAGGUAGAACAGGAGCUGGAAAAAGUUCAAUAUUGGCAUCUCUGUUCCGAAUGACGGAAGUAACUUCCGGCGAAAUACUGAUAGACAGUGUUAAUAUUCAGAAUUUACGACUCAACGCACUAAGGUCCAGACUGACUAUAAUACCUCAGAGUCCAUUUCUCUUUUCGGGAACAGUCCGAGAGAACAUAGAUCCGCUCGAUCAAUAUCCAGAUUCCCAGAUUUACAAGGCUCUUGAAAAAUGUAACGUUCAUAAUCUCGUUUAUCGCAUGGGCGGACUCGGUGCUAGUCUAGAAGAAGGCGGGAGUAACCUAAGCGCAGGUCAGAAACAGCUGUUCUGUCUCGUCAGGGCCGUCCUUCACAGUACUAAGAUUUUAUGCAUCGACGAAGCGACUGCCAAUGUCGAUCAAGAAACCGACAAGAGCAUCCAAACGACUAUAAAGUCCUCCUUUAGGAGUGCGACUGUGAUUACUAUUGCACAUAGAAUAAGGACUAUCAUGCACUGCGAUAGAGUAUUGGUAAUGGGCGACGGAAAGAUACUAGAGUUUGACGAGCCGGAUCUUCUUCUUCAAGAUACCAAUUCUUACUUCUACGACCUAGUGAAUCAGGAGUUCUCCGAGAAGGAGUGAUGUGACAUGACGCGUGUAAAGCAUGAUGCGUGUAUUCUUUUUUUUUUUUGUUCGUCUGAAUACCAUUAACUGUACAUAUGACGUUGUCUUCUUUAAACUCAUAUUGCCUCAAAGAGACGUCCACCUAUGGCACGUUUAUAAACAUUGUCCAAAA